AGAUUUCAUCAUUUGAACAUGAACGAACUGCUGACAUGGAUUCGAUGUGUGCUAAAUAUUAACAGCUGAAGAGCAAUUUUAAUUAUAUUUUAUUUAAAUUUUAAUCAGCUGUUGACUCAGAUCAUAUGUGUUCCAUAUUUUAAUAGCUGAGGUUGCGCGAUACACCAACAGCUCACUAGAAAAAUAUUAUGUAUGUGUGAAUAGGUGUAAUUAGUAUUUAAGAUAUUGUUUUAUAACAAUAAAUCAGAUUUGAAUAUAGCUCUGUCUUGUUCAUUUCUCGCUUCCUCUCAAAGUGGCGAAGACUACUUCAAGCCCUUAAUUAUCGUGGUGAGCCUGCCCGGUAGCUUUGAGAUAAUCCCACCACCUCGAACCUUUGAUCCUACCCGUAGGGCUCCGUCUGUUACCUUAGGUCUCUUGGUGCAGACAUCCCGUACUUAUUUAUAUAUUUAUAUAUUCACUAUUUAUGUGUUAGGGUACGUCUGUAGGGCUUAGGGAUCCGUAGGGUUGUUAGGUUCUUACGUCUCACCCUCUCAUAUAUUUAGUCAUUUAGUGCAGCUUGCUCACACAUACAUUACAUAUACUAUUCAGAUACUCCUGACAUUCAAUACAUAUAAACUUUAAACACACUUUUCACAGUCCACUAGCUAGCAAGCUGUUCAUUGGUCCUUCGAGUAAAAAAAAAAAUUGAACUACGCGGUUCCUCCCUUCCCCCGUAGGGACUAACGCUUGAGUGACCCACAGGCUGGUGAACCCCAAUUGCAUUAGUUUGUGGUGAUCUUGAGUACGUAAUUGUACUGAGUGUAUUCUGUUGGAAAGCACUCUUGCGGUAGCGGAUCGGUCACUGGCCUUCCACCAGCGGAUCUCACCAGUGUUUUGAGAAGUCGCAUAUACCGUACUGAGGGCGCAGAUACGCGCAGUACUUAGUUAGUUGGCUAGGGUUAGGAUAGGGAAGAAGACAUUUUGAACAAAAGAAGACUUACCUAAAAGACGAAAUGGAUGUACAAGAAAUUAAUACAUUAAUACAAAGUCAGGAGAGUGACAGCCUAGAAAUAAAACGACUAUUCAAUAACCUAAGAAAGGAUUCUAGUUCGAGGAAGACUGGGAGUUACUUACAAGAAAGACGACUGUUAUUUAAAAACAUUUUUUCACGAGCAAGAAAUAAUAAUGAUAUUUUGAAAACAAAACAGGACAUUCUCUCAUCACAUGAUUACAUUAAAACUAACUAUUUCGAAAAAAAUAUUAAACAAAUAUAUGAUGCUGCAAUGGAACAAAUAGAUAAAGACGAGAAAAAACUACAGGAAGUGCACGAUAUUUUUCACCCUUCAACAUCAUUUAAGACAUACGACAGUAGCAAGUAUAAAAUUCAACGGUUCAGGAUGAAUCAAUUAAAAAAUAAAAUUAACCAAGUACAAACUGCAAUUGAGGAGAACAAACCUAAUUGGUUCUUACAAUCCAACCUACAGAGCUUACAAAAUCAGUGGCAACAAAUUGAGUCAAUGCAUGAAGAGCUUUUAAUUAGCGAAAGUUCACUCGAUCAUGAAUAUUUUGCAAAUAACGUCUAUGAGACUAUACAAGGCCAGUAUGAGACUAGUGUAGAAUUAAUUCAAGGGAAAAUUCACUCCACCCUCACUUCGACAUCAUCAAGGUCUGGGAAACUACCUCAGAUAAAGAUACCAAUAUUUUCCGGAAAAUACGACUCAUGGGGAAUAUUCAAAGAUUUAUUUACAAAAAUUAUUCAUGAAGAUAACAUGAUAUCCAGUUGCGAAAAAAUGCAAUAUUUAAAAUCUCACGUACAAGGAGACGCGGCAAAAAUAAUACAAUAUUUACCGAUUAGCGAAGUUAAUUAUGUCACCGCGUGGAAUCUACUGACAGAGCGGUAUGACGACAAACGCAGAAUAAGCAUGGAGUUACUUGACAAAUUACUAGAUUUACCCAACAUUAAAAAAUCGAACACAAAAAAUUUACAAGAAUUAUAUGACUCUAUAAAUGAAUGUUUAGAAUUACUAAAACAACAUGGUAAUGAAGUAGUAUUAUGGAAUCUCAUAUUAUGUCGUUUACUAAGUCGUAAAUGGGAUGACGAAACCAACACUAAGUAUGAAGAACAGCUCGAUAAUAGCAACGAAAUACAAGACUUCAAACAGAUGAUGUUAUUUCUAGAAAAACGUUUCAAAAGUCUUGAAAAAUCGGACUUUUCAUCUACAUCUGUAUACAAAACAUCGUUUAUAAAUGAAAACUCAACAUCAUUUAAUAAUAAUAAUCAAGUAACGAAUAGAAAUUUAAAUUUCGAUCUGACCCAGUACAAUGAACCAAAACGUAAAUAUUGUUGGUAUUGUGACAUCGAUGGACAUACAAUUAAUUAUUGCUCCCGAUUUAUAACAAUGAACGCAAUUCAGCGAAAUAAUGUUGUUCACAAUAGAAAUAUGUGCCGACGCUGUUUAAACCAUAUCGCGUCAAAACAAUGCGUGACAGAGAAAUUUAAGAACUGCGAAACAUGUCAACGACCUGACCAUAAUACGUUACUUCAUGUAGACAAACCGACGAAACAACUUUUUGAACCAAAAGACAAAAUAUCAUGCACGAACAUGCAUACAGAAAAUUUAACAACUAAUGUGAUGAGUAAUAUAACAUCGAAUGUUUCUGGCACAUUAAAACAUACAAAUAAUACCGUACUAUUAGCCACAGCUAUGGUACAGACUACUUCAUACGACGGCAUGCCACAUUUGUUGCGAGUUUUAUGUGAUCAAGGGUCGGAGUCGUCCUUUUGCACAGAAGAAGUGGCGCAAUUAUUGGCAUACCCAAAGAAAAAAAUCUGUGCUGACAUCAAGGGAAUCGGGGAUGAAGAACCGAAACAAUCGAGCUACAGUAUAGAUAUAACAUUACGACCAAGACUUUCUAGUGAUUAUAAAUUACCUGUAUCACUGAUUGUAUUACCAAAACUUACAUCUUCACUACCAAGUAAUGACGUACAACAAAUACAAUCGCUUUGGUUAAAAAAUAAAGUGAUUGCAGACCCGACUUAUUAUAAAAAAGGGCCGAUAGACAUAAUAUUAGGUGCUCAGGAAUACAGCAAAAUCCUUUUAAAGGGGUUUGAAAAACUAGAAGACGGUAUACUUGCUCAAGACACGGAAUUUGGGUGGAUACUAUCAGGAUUUUGUUCCAGCAACAAAAACAAUGGAAUAAAGGUACUUAGUUGUACAACACGCACAGAAGAAGUAAAACAUUUAACUAAAUUUUUGGAACCGGAAGAGAUACCACAAAAAAUUACUUUAAACAAUGACGAUACAAACAAUAAACAAACAGUGAUUUCAAAUAAUUUGGCAAGAAUUUGUCAUCACAAGUGUAAUUCGAAACUAAAAACAUUUAAUAUCAUGUUUACACUUUUAUUAAUAUUUCAACUUUUUUUUACUAUGAUAGCGGCAGAAACUUAUAAUAUUGAGGAGAUUGAUCCAGGGUUUUACAUCGAAUACAUUGGUAACAAAUUACUUAAUGUAUCACUAUUGUACCCAUUACUAAAAACUUACGACUUCACUACCAAAUUAAGACGUAAAAUGAAGAUAGGAGAUAGACGACUACACGACAAAACUUAGGAGGAUUAUGAGAAAUAUUUACUUAUACAAUAAAAAAAAAAAAAAAAAACUACAAAUACUUUACAAAAUAAUACAAAUACUUAUACAUUUGGGCGACAGCCGCCAGACAACUACAAAACUACAUUACAAAA